AUGGAGAGCUCCUCUAGCGUUCACUUGCAAAAGAAGCAACGAACAGAGGAUAAAACACGCUCGUUGAUGCUGGAUUUUGAUGUCAUCAACUGUCCUGUUUGCUGCGAGCCACUCGCUGUUCCUAUCUUCCAGUGUGAAAAUGGGCACUUGGAUUGCUCUUCUUGCUGUCCAAAACUGAGUAAUAAGUGCCCUGCUUGUGCUUUGCCUGUGGGCCACAUUCGAUGCUGA